AUGAACAAAGAGAAGGGAUCAAGGGAUGCUUUGUCUAGCAGUGGAGAAGUAGUCUACACAUAGAGUAGUCUUACUAAUGAUGCUUCUAGUUUACUAACUCAAAUAGUACAGUUGAUUGUGAAAAGUAUCUUUCUUUUUAGACCGAACUCAGGGAUCAUGUUGAUAAACAAAAUAUCAAUAAAUAUUGAUAACCCUACUAAGUAGAACAAAUUGAUGAGUAACACUACUCGAGUAGAAUGA